GCAGAGUCUGCUUUCUUAGUUGUAUGUGUAGUUCACGUGAUUGGCUAGAACACUUCGUUAGCCUUAGGUGCCCAGAACAUCCCUAGGGAUUAGAAAGCUGCGUACGCGUAUUCCUUUGAAAACAGUGUUAGUUAAAACUUCCUAUGCUGGAUGAGAAUGCAGCAUACAGUUCGCACUUACUGAAAUGUACAGACUCAACAAGUCACACCAGGAAGGGGGUGAGAGGAGCUGCAGGAACAGCAGGGUAUAGGAGAGGGCAUGUAGAGGGGUGGGGGCCACAGAGAGCGGCUUCCCCGGCCCAGAUGGCUUAGGGACAGACCUCGGAUGAGCCUGCCCGCGGUUCUCAGUGCCUCCCAUGAUGGGGUCACCAGCUGGAGGAGGGCAUAAAGGCCCAGUCCUGGGAGCCAAGUGGUGCAGCCAGCCACUGUGUGCACCUGCCUUUGGGUGAGCUCACUGAAGCCCCUGGGUGGGCAUAUGGAGGGUCUUCUUUCUCUACACCCCUCCUAUCAGUUCUCAACUCUGGGCCCGCAUUCCCAUUCAUUAAACUGAUUGGAGUCAACCACCAGGUCUCUAAAGCCAUGGAAAUACGUGGUCACAGGGCCACGUUUCUGAAGCUGGUUGUGUCAGGGUUGGGGCCUUUAUUGGUAAUAUCUAUGACUUUUGCCUAGGUUCCUGUUUUUUAAACUCCUGAACUGCCAUUCAGAUUACCCAUGAUUUUAACGGAAUUUUUGGAUUUAAUAAUGGUUGAUAAUCACUUUAAAUAUUUGCACAAUCUCUUUAUAAUUAAAAACUCACUAAGCUUCACUUGCUACUGUUUUAUAGAAUUGGAGAUACUCCAUUGGAUUCUAAAUAUCAGAUGCUCCUGGAUCUCAAAAUAGCCUUUUCUACACAAGCACAAGCAAGAAUUUCUUUGUCCUAGCACUGUUAAUAAUUCUCUGAAAUCAUAUAUAAUUGAACCAGAAUUGUUUCUUUAUGCUUGCAUUCCAAAAACAACUGAUAAGGAUAUAAAAAUGUGUAUUUACAACUUAAAUUCUAGGCCUACCUGUUAUAUAUUAUAUAAAAGAAUUUCUCUGUAAACCUGAUAUUAUAUUGCUCAUUUGUAUAAGUAUAUUUAUAGGCACUUUAGAAAAUGUUUAGACUGUAAUGUGUAUUAUAGACCUCAAACACAGUCAUGUUAAGUAGUCUUUUGGUUAAUACUUAUUCAUUGACAGGUAUGAAAACUUUAUAGCGUGAACCUGGUAGUUUGCUCACUUGGAGCAAAGGGUUGGGCUGUGUGGAUGGAGAAACUGCUUUUGGGGUCCUUGAUGGAAACCUGGCUCCAUUCCCACUUCUGGCAAGUUGGUGUAAAAGCUAGUAGGUGGACGAUGCCAACUCAGUGCUGUAUGGAACGUAGCUUUCUUACCGAACCAGCAUUGAUUUUAGGAUUUUCAUGGUUUGAAUACGCUCAUAACUUUUCUGAGAAAUGACAAGCCAAUUAAAAGGCUUUUGUGGUCAUAAUUCUUUGGCACAUUAACAAAUAAGGCUUUACCGUCAAAUCUAGGUAUUUUUUUUUACCUUGUAAUUUUUAAGAUUUGAAGUAAGAAUUUGAGAAAACGCUGGAGAAAAAACAAUUGCUUUCCUGGAAAAGGAAAAUGUGUACUUCAAGAUAAUACAAUACAAAACCAAACCAAAUGAAAGCACCCAAACCAAAACAAAGCCGUGAAGUGGUUGUCCUGAGGUACCACUCAGAUUUGGUCUAGGAUUGGAUCCUGUUUUAGGGCUGGUGGUUUUAUUUUUUAACCUUAACCUCCACUUCCUGGCCUCUUUGAAACCGUUCUUUGGGCCUAAUCAUAACAAACUCCUUUUAUACAAAUUUCUCUAUCUGGGCAACAGGACACCACCUAUCUUAGAAAGCUGUCAAAAUACCCAGGCAUGUUCAGCUGUAUAAAUACUACUGGGCAAGGGGAAACAAGCACAAGUUAAACUGAUAUUUAUACGUCAGCUCUUGAUUUUUCCAUCUUGUUUGCCAAGUUGUAUUGACAUGUUUUGGCUUUUCAUGUGAGGGAAACAUUUUCACAGUUUUCUCUCCUACUCCCCUCGCCACGGGAGGUGGGAGCCAGAAUUGAAGAGGCCAGUUGCAUUCUAGGCUUUUCUGUGAACAGUGUGGGAUUGUCUCUCUUCCCGUUGAGGAGAGGGGAAGGAAAUGAGAGUUGGACUCACCAUCUCAGUGCUGUGAAUUCCAGGGUUGUCUGUAUUUCUCACCUCCAAACGUAAGGGCACUUCUCAAAAUUAAUUUUGAAAUUCUUUACCUUUUAAAAAUGUUAUGUCUCUGCUCCCUUUCAUUACUCUGGGGAAUGGAGAGUUGACUGUACUGCGUGCGGAAGGGCCGGGUAUCUCUGAGUGCUUGGAGUUCUUCUGUUGGGACUGAAGGGUGCUCUUUUACUAGUGUGAACAAGUCUGAAAGCACAUGGUCACCAGGGGCUUGAAUAUUGAGCUUCUGCAUCAUUGUGUCCGUAUACACUUUCGAAGGCUAUUCAUACCUUGCAGUAGUCACUUACUGUGCUAGUUUUUGCACCUGUCUAUUUUAAAGUUUUAAGCACAAUGUUGACCCCUGUGUAACUUCCUAAAAUUAUAAUGUUUUCCUACAGACAGCUCAACUUUCCUUUAUGUAUAAUACUUUAGGAAAAUACUUACUUGUAAAAUAAAUAAUUUUUUCUUUUGUAACAGCUCAAAUCUGAUAUUUUGGAGUUUGGCAUAUUCUCUCCCCUCCCUUUCUUCUUUGGAGAGGUUCUGUCUGGUUUAAAUAAUGCAUCGUGAACAAAACAAAAACAGAAACCCGCAUUUGUAAAAUGUGUAACAUGUAUGUUGAGUGCUUACUUUGUGCCAGGAAAUAAUGCAGUUUACAUCAUCAUCACACUUGACUGUACAAAAACUAUGAAGCGCAGCUGAGUAUUACUCAAAAUGGUAAUACACUCACAGUCAACUGCUCACAACUCCCAGAACACUUUGUAACAAGGACUUUUUCGUUGGCUACACCAGGUUUAUACUAAUAAAACUUACCCCGCCCCCCCAGUCUUUAUUUCACACCAAGCCACAGCUUUGUAUUUGGUUUACACAUGCUGUGUGAGACACUUCUAACCAUAGGUCCCGGGGGUGCAGUCACUUGUCACCAAGGCCCAGGGUCCAGACCUCGGCGUGGCAAACCCAGAGGCUCAAUUCGCUAAUUCACACCUAGAAAAGAGCAGCUUCUGGGGUUGGGUUUCAUCGAAUACCUCACUAGGGACUGCUAAAUAAAUUUGCUGAUGAGUAACAAUAAUGCCAUUGUUACGGUUAUUAGGAAUUACAGCCCAGCCUUGCUGCUCUCUACCAGUAAGCCUCCUGGCAGCCCUCUGAGGGAGAUUUCAGCGCUGCAUUUCACAGAUCCGGAGAAGUGCUCAAGGGGUAAGUAUUUUUGCCCCAGGUGGCACAGCUUUGUAGGGAGCCGGAGUCCGAAUGGAACCCAGCUCCUUUGGCUCCGGACCUCCCGUUCUCGGCCCUUUGCCUGAGUUGCUCGCUCUGGUGGCUCCCCUUCCCAAGCUCAGGUAGCUGGAGGCUGAGCCCGGACGCUGCCGGGGAGCCUGGGUGCAGGGCGGAGGGGGUGCCGUUCCCGUCUCUAACCCAGCGUACGCCUGCCCACAGGCUGGUGCCCCCCGCCUCACCCGGUGGGGCUGCUCGCAGGCGGUGUCCCAGCAACACCAACAGACGUCCUUCCUCCCCCCUUCUGUGCUCCGCACAGACCACCCCCAGCACACACGCACCAUCUUGCUGCAGACAUUUCAGGGCUUUCACGAGGCUGUGGCUUCUUCCAUGUUUAAUCACAUCUUGACUAGCAUUCUAGGCUAGCCAUUUCUGCCUUCACAAAAGAUGACUUGUCUUAAAAUGACUUUUGCCGACAGCUAAUCUCAUCUGCGUGUGCAUUUUACUCAACUCUACAUAAUUGUACUGCCAAGUUCUGGAAGGCAUCUCAUUGU